AUGCCCGACAACGAACAGCCUAUGGUCUCCCAUGGCCGCGGAGGUCAGGGAAACAUCGGACAUGAUACCACUGAAUACGUGGACGGCGAGAUCGUUCGCGAAGGUGUCUAUGGCGACCAGGGUGAUGGCGCAUACUCUGCAGGAGUAAGAAAAAACCCCAAGCACAAGCAAACAUACACAUUCAUCCAGCUCACCACUGUACAGCGCGGCGGAGCAGGCAACAUCGGAUCACCAAUGGUGAGACCUACAUCCAGGGUUCCCCACGACGCCGACAUGAUCCCCGAACUCGCGGUGCGCAACUCCACUGAUGAAACAUACCAUACCGGGCGCGGCGGCCAGGGCAACGUCCAUCUCGACGAGGCAACACUCAAAGAGAAAGAAGAACACAAGAAGAAGAAGGGACACGAGGGUCUCGCAGACAAGCUGAAGAAUAAGCUACUCGGCCGGAAGUGA